AAAAAUUUCUUUUUUCUUUUCGUCCACAGUGAAACAGGGUCGCAACUUGAUUCCGAUGGAUCCAAACGGUUCGAGUGACCCGUACGUCAAGAUUAAGCUCAUUCCAGACUCGGACAACGUGAAGAAGAAAACUAAGACGAUCCGGGCGUCGCUGAAUCCGGUGUGGAAUGAGACCCUUGUUUUUGAGCUUAAAGCAGAGGACAAGGACCGGCGUGUGCUGAUCGAGGUCUGGGAUUGGGAUCGGACCUCGCGGAACGACUUUAUGGGUUCACUGUCGUUCGGGAUCUCGGAGAUCCUGAAGAAUCCAGUGGACGGAUGGUUCAAGCUGCUCACCCAGGAGGAGGGCGACUACUAUAAUGUUCCGGUGCCGGAGGAGGGUGCCGAUCUGGUGCAGCUCAAGAGUCAGAUGAGGAAAACAUCGAUCUCCAAAAAGAUCCCGGUACUUGGCGAUAAGGAUGUUCCUCACAAUAUGGGCAAAAAGGAUGUGAUACGAGCCACGGAUUUCAACUUCUUGAUGGUUCUCGGCAAAGGUUCGUUCGGUAAGGUGAUGCUAGCCGAACGGAAGGGAGCCGAUGAGUUGUAUGCGAUUAAGAUUUUGAAAAAGGACAUCAUCAUCCAGGACGAUGACGUCGAGUGUACCAUGGUGGAGAAACGGGUGCUUGCCCUGUCCAUGAAGCCACCAUUCCUAGUGCAGCUGCAUUCCUGCUUCCAGACAAUGGAUCGCUUGUAUUUCGUGAUGGAGUACGUCAAUGGAGGGGAUCUUAUGUUUCAAAUUCAACAAUGUGGCAAAUUCAAGGAACCUGUUGCAGUAUUCUACUCCGCGGAGAUCGCCAUCGGGUUGUUCUAUCUUCACGCACGCGGCAUCGUUUAUCGCGAUCUGAAACUGGAUAACGUUUUGCUGGAUCAGGACGGCCAUAUCAAGAUCGCCGAUUUCGGUAUGUGCAAGGAGGGCAUCCUCGGGGACAAAACGACCAAAACGUUCUGCGGUACACCGGAUUACAUUGCACCGGAGAUUAUUUUAUACCAACCGUACGGGAAGUCUGUUGAUUGGUGGGCCUACGGAGUACUACUGUACGAGAUGCUAGUCGGUCAACCUCCGUUCGAUGGGGAGGAUGAGGAGGAACUGUUUGCGGCCAUCACCGACCAUAAUGUGUCGUAUCCGAAGAGUUUGAGCAAAGAAGCCAAAGAUGUUUGCAAGGGGCUUUUAACCAAGAAUCCGCAGAAACGUCUCGGUUGUGGACUGCGUGGUGAGGAAGAUGUUAGAGCUCAUGCCUUCUUCCGUCGUAUCGAUUGGGAAAAGAUCGAGAAUCGUGAGGUUCAGCCGCCAUUUAAACCAAAAAUUAAACAUCGCAAAGACGUGUCCAACUUUGAUCGCCAGUUCACCUCGGAAAAGACCGAUCUAACACCAACCGACAAGCUGUUCAUGAUGAAUCUCGACCAAACGGAGUUCAACGGGUUCUCCUAUCUCAAUCCGGAAUUUAUACAAUACAUCUAAGGAAUUCGGAGCGCUGAUAGCAAAACGGAAGGCAUCACAACUUAGGAACCUACUUUUUAAACCGGAGGUCUCUCCCGUGGACUGGGACCGUAAACUUGAUAAACCCCAGGAAUUAAGUAUAUUCUGCUCAAUUUCAGUGUCGUGCAAAGUAGCGGAAUGUUUUGCAAUCCCAAAGAUAUAAUAAAAAUCCCCAUUUUAACGUGUAAGAAAUGUCCGCGAUUGUACUCCGUAGAAUACAUGUAAAAGUCAUACUAGCGUUCCAAAGUGUUUCUGAACCUGUUUCCGUCUUCCUCUUGAGACAAAAAGAAAAGAGAAAAAAAAACAAACUACUAAAUCGACACCAAAAUACUACAAAUACAUUUCACUAGCUGCGCGUCUAGUUGUUUGUGAGCAGUAUUCCCCUUCCACCAACUUUCCAAACGUUAACGGGCUUCGAUAGUGUCCCUGCAGCGCAAAGAUUUGAAAUCCAGGCCAAAUAAUCUCUAAUAGUACUGUUAAUUCAGCUGACAUGUGGCACCUUGUUAUCUACUAUACACACACACACUCACACACCCUUUUAUAUAGUUAAAUGCGAAUACAAUGUGAAUACUUUUUGGAUUAUUAUAAUAUACAAGAUGGAUAUAAAAAAAAUAUUUUAUUUAAAUCGUAAAUGUUGAAAUACAUAAGAAUAUAAGAAGACAAGUAGCAGUAGCGGAAACCUAACAGGAAUGAUUAGUGCACUCAACAACCGAAGAUUCCUUUCUAAUUGCAAAUUACAUUCUCAAAUUCUCUUCCGCCACCUGGUGGCAAAUUCAGAAAAUAAAAACGUACCCCGGUUGGUAAACAAACCAAAAGUACUGUCAGUGGUCGGAAUGGCGCGCCUACUACGACGCUUUUCCGGCACGCUUUUUUCCAAAAGCAAAUUAAAACCAAUCGCCUAACUUCCAUGCUGCGAUGAGUAGGCUGGAACAAAACAAAACAGAACAAAAAAAAAACAAUACCAUAACGAUAGCAAAUGUGCAUUGAUGAGUUUUCGAUCGAAACUUCCAUUCUUCAGUAGCAAUAAUUAUGAUUAUUAAGCAACAUCAUCUCGACUAUGUAUGAAUUGUAGGCUGGUAGAAGAAGAAGAAAAAACACAAAAAAAAAACAUAAACAGUAAAGAAAUGAAACAACAAAAUGGAGCUUUAAUCUUGCACUUUAUAUUAUACAUAAAUAAAAUUAAAACAAGUAUAUUAUUCUUUUUACUUAAUAACAUACAUUUAAACGAGUAAAUAACAUGAGUAUAUUUAAAUCAUAAUUGUGAUAAUAGUGAAAAAUGGUCAUUUCAAAAAAAAAUCAAAGAGACUAUUCCGCAUCUCUUUCAAACCGUUGAAUUCUUGCAAAUGGAACCUCCGGGACCGGUGUUUUACAUACAUACUCACGCAAAUGGCGCAUGAUGAUGAUGAUGGCAGAAUAAAUUGACCUUUUAAUAGCUAAUCUUACGGGAAACUAGCGAACAAGUGUCGUAAAAGAACGGAAGUUUAUUGUAUAGUAUGGAAGCUAGUAUUUCUAUUUAUUAUCGAAGCAAAAAUAUGCAUGUCGUACAUAACAGAAGAAGAAAAUAUGCAAAAAAACCCUAGGAUAUUUAUCAAAAUACCCAAAAAAACACGAAUAAAGUGGAGAAUGGGGGAAUCGACUCUAUACUGAACUGUAGUGAAAAAAAAAUGAGGAAGACAAGCUGAGGCAAAUCUCACUAUAAUUUUGACAAUCUGAAUGUAGUUAAACUAUAUGAAACAAAAACAAGAAAACAGAAUAGUUCUUAGUACAGAAAUCGAUUUGAGAUAGCGAACAAGGAGUAAUUUUACUAUAAACAGCUUAACUGAUGAAAAGAAAACAAAAAACAUUCCAAUUUCCGAUGAAGAAAAUGUAGAACUCAUCAAAAGUUGAAACGGAAACGGUAGAUAUAAUCACCUAAUAGAUAUUUAUUGAUCACAAAUAAGCAAAAGAGCAAUUCAAGUUGCAUGAGAUUAUUUACUCUUAUUUGCUUGAACAAAUUGCGUUGUGUUGUUUGCGAAACAAGGGGUAAAAUCAACUGAUAGUCACUAAUGUUAAACAAAAAUAUCUGUUCGACUAGUUUUGUAAAUGUUGUUGAAUUUGAAAUCAUCUUACCUAUAUUUCUGCAGCGUUCUUGCCUAUACUGAAUACUUUGAUAUAUUACAGUAAACACAAUAUAAAGAAAAGAAAUGCUAAACAAAAGCGAAAAUUAAAUCAAACAAAAAACUUAAGUAUUCAAUCCAUUUUGACGAGAUUGGGACUUGAAAGGGCGCCGUCGAAACGUUGCCACUGUUGAACCGAGAUAAUCUUGACCGUCAACGAAAUCCCACCUUGUGCAAAAAAAAAACAAAAAUUUAUUGUUAUACAAGCAGUAAAAACAAACAAGCAAACAAACAAACAUUGCUGUCUCAAACUAACACCAACACACCAAGUUUAGAUGUGCAAUUAGUUCUACGAUCCUUCGCUAGAGAAUGCUUUUCUUUCCGAUCCAAGUAGACCAGGCGACGCGACGCAACGCGCGCUGGCCCAAUUUCUGUUACCAUAUGCAACCAGCGAAAAAACAAAACCUCCUAGCACACCAACCAACCAACCAACAAAAAAGUGCGCGCGCGUUCGUGGUCGCUAAUUCUCGCCUAUACAUGCACACCGCGUGCAAUCGCAGCAGGCAACGGCUCGGACGCUAUAGGUCACAGUCAACCAACAACAAUAAAUUGAAGGGAAGAAAACAAAAAAACAAAUAAGCAACCCAACUAUAAAUGAACCUGAAAAUAAAUGCUGAAUAAGUGAGACAUAAAAAACAAGAGUUUACAACCAAAAAAAAAAUGAAUACUUAUAAAUAUUUAAUAGCAAAGCAAAAUGUGUAAGGAAAUUUCUAUUUCACCACUGCCUUAAUUUUUAAAUCUGUAACAAUUUGUGAGAACCGCGAAAUCACACUCAUAAACAUACACACAAGUAUAAAUUAACCGGUGAAGAACAAAAACAAACGUGAAACUAUUAGAAACGUAAAGUCCUGUUUCCCUCCUAACUAUGUACUGAGAUGGUAUUAACUGCAGACAGGCGAAUUAUAUAUAUCGUUGAAGAAAAGGCUAGCAUAAAAUGUGCAAAUAUGAUUUUGGAUACCGGGAACCCCCGUCUCUCAAGCAAGCACGAGUUCAGCUAAACCGCUCAUCUCAUUGAAUUUAGAACUUUAGAGCAAAUGUUAUCAACACAUGUAAAAUUUCAACAAACAACCAAAAAAAAAGACAUUUUACGAAAUUCAAGCAUUUAUAUUUCAGUGUUUCUUUUUUCACACCUCUAAUUGUUAUCCGAUUUCAAGAGAUAUUGAUUGAAUUUGAAAAGCAAAACAAAAACACAUAAUCAUACUCACGAGUUUAAGAAACAAGGAAAACAAAAAAAAACGGCAGGCGAAAGCUGACAGAAAGCAUUUAACGGUAUUAAUAUUCCGGACGGACGGACAGUGGAUAAACGGUACACAUAUUUUGAUUGGUAGCAAAAACAGCAAACAAAACAGUAGUUGAAAAAAAAACUUUUAACCAAACACAACAGAACUGUAAUUUCGGACGAACUGAAAAACUGUGAGAGUCUGCUUCAAAUAAUAAGGUAAAUACAUUGAUUGAAAAACAAAACAUCCAUUCACAGAACAAGGGAAACCAACCAAAAGUACAGACAUGCAUACACACACUACUGCUAGAUUGGUCCUACACAGAUGCAAGUGAAAGAGAAAUAUUCUUUAUUCUUCACGGAAAUAAAGGAAGAAAGUAUGACAGAACGAUAGAAAAACCUGGUUUAGUGAUGAAAUACAGCAAGAAAUAAAGGUACUGUUCUUUUAUCUGUAGAAAAUAAAAA